CGUGAAUGAAACUUCCGUGUUUACAGGCGAGGCUACAGUAAUAUGUCGUGUGCCUGUAGUUCGGAAAGGAGCUAUUUUUUCCCCCAAAGACCUUCGGUAGCUCCAUGAGCAGAGUAAAAAAUAAAAAUAAACCAGUAACUUAGAAAACCGGGAAGACUGAGAUCUGCCUUUGCACAACAGUUUUCUAUUUUCUCUUCAGGAAUGCAUCUUGCAGUGCUUGUUUUCGCCUCUGCGGCCACCAUGGCCACCUAUGCCCUUGACAAUGGACUGAUGAGGACCCCUCCAAUGGGCUGGUUGGCAUGGGAACGGUACCGCUGUGACAUUGACUGCAAAUACGACCCAAAGAACUGCAUCAGCGAGAAUCUGUUUAUUGACAUGGCGGACAGACUCUUUGAGGACGGCUGGAAGGAACUGGGCUACGUCUACGUGAACAUAGAUGACUGUUGGUCAUCCAUGGAGCGAGACAAAGAUGGACGGCUGCAGCCUGAUCCCAAUAGGUUUCCAGGGGGAAUUCCUAGGCUGGCACGCUACCUGCACGACCGGGGCCUCAAACUGGGCAUCUAUGGGGACAUGGGCACCCACACCUGCGGGGGCUACCCUGGGACAACGCUGGAUAAGAUUGAAAUAGAUGCUCAGACAUUCGCUGACUGGGAGGUGGACAUGUUUAAAUUUGACGGCUGUUACUCAAAUGCUCUCGAGCAGGAGUUGGGUUAUCCUCGAAUGUCAAAGGCUUUGAACGCAACGGGCCGCCCCAUUGGCUACUCAUGCAGCUGGCCUGCUUAUCAGGGUGGACUUCCACCAAAGGUGAAUUACACUAAGCUCGGGCAGAUCUGCAACCUGUGGCGUAACUAUGGUGACAUUCAAGACUCAUGGAGCAGCGUGCUGAGCAUUGCUGAUUGGUUUUUUGAAAACCAGGAUGUCCUGGCACCUGCAGCUGGACCUGGAAGGUGGAACGACCCCGACAUGCUGGUCAUCGGAGAUUUUGGCCUCAGUAUGGAGCAGUCUCGUUCUCAGAUGGCUUUGUGGGCAAUCAUGGCCGCUCCCCUGUUCAUGUCCAACGACCUUCGCACAAUCAGCGGCGAAGCUCGGAGCAUCCUUCAAAACAAAAUGAUCAUCAGCAUCAACCAGGAUCCCUUGGGUAUCCAGGGAAGACGCAUUCUCAAGGAGAAGAGUGGCAUCGAGGUGUUCUGGCGCCCCCUGUCGAACAACGCCAGCGCUUUAGUGUUCUUCAGCCGCCGCACUGACAUGCCCUAUCGCUACAAAACCUCCCUAACUAAACUCAAUUACACCACAGGCAGCUACAAGGUCACCGAUGUCUACACUGGCCAGACUGACGUGCUAAAAGACUCCACUGACUUUGUGGUUUCAGUGAACCCUACAGGUGUAGUCAUGUGGUACGUCUCCGCGCCCGGCAAGCUACGGUACCACCCGUUUAUCGGACGGGGCAAACUCCGCAGGCCGGUUUACGAUACGGAUGAAAACGCCCAUCCUCGAGUCUUUCUUUGAACUUUUACGAUCUUUUAAUCACUUUAGAGUUUCAAACUCGGUGACCCUCAACUGGGUCUGCUUGAAUCACACAUUCUUUCUUUCUGCUCGCAGAGUUUAUUGCUCUACCUCAGGAUUAUUCAGGUUUUCUUUUCAGAGAAUUUCAGCUAUCAUAGUCACCAACAGUUUUUUGGGAAGGAUAAUGCCAAACUAAAGCAUUACGGAUUACAUUCUGACUUUUUUUUAUCGCACACACAACUUUUUAAAACCGACUAAAUCAGCACCAGAAUGAAGUUCUGCCUUCUCUAAAUAUUUUUUCCCAAGAAAUGUAGUAUUUAGAAUAAAAUAGCAUUUUAAAUGUGGCAAUCUUUUGUAAAAAAUUCUCAAUUCUUUUUGGAAUAAAGGGAGAUUAUAUAAGAAG